AUGUCAAAAGAGGAAAAUGGUAACUGUGGGGGUGGUAUAUUUAGUUUUAGAGAUAAAGCAGAUAAAGUGUAUCUUUUAGAUUUAGGUGGUGCAGAAAUUAAUACAUCCAAGCCAGUUAAACAAAGAUCCAAACUCGGUGUAUCAUUAAGUGUAGUUAUAUAUGUAGUUGUUUUAUUUUAUAUUGUUGUAACAUCAAUCCAAUUCUCAAAAGGUGUACCAACAGUAAUUUACUCUUCUAAAACCCCAUCGAAAUUUGAACCAACACCAACACCAAAAUUAGGAAUUAUGUUUAGAAAUUCAUCGAAUGGAGAUUACUAUGACGAAUCAAUUGUUAAGGUUAAUUUCGUUUAUGUAACUAUUACAAAUCAAGAUCAGAUUCCAAGAGUUAAAGAACCAAUAGCAUCAGGAAGAUGCGAAUUUUUCCAAGAUCCAACAAAACACGGUGAAGAAAAAAAAAUCUUAACUGAUAAAGCAAUUUGUCCUAUAGAACCUGUAUACAUGGAGGGCACAUUUGAAAUGCCAAAAUAUAGAUAUUUAGAGGCAUCAGUGAUAAAAUGUUCAUGUACACCACAGUCAUGUCCAAUUCAAUGCGCUAAUGAUACAGUAUUUGAUGAUGUUUUUUAUGGUGGUUCAAUUUCAAUCGUUCUUGAAGAAACUGUACCAAGUAAUAAUGGUCCAUUAGUAACCAAAUUUUCAUUAAUUCCACAAGUUAAUUUAGCUACACCACCAACACCAAUCAAUAGCACAAAGAGUGUAUUUUGGAAGAAUCUCAAAUCAUUUUUCUAUAAUGUUGAUGUAUAUUUACGUAAACAAACCAUUUACAAUGGCCCAAGAUAUAUAUUUGAUUCCCACUUUGAAUAUUUCUCUUACUUGGGUACUGUCGAGCCAAGAGCCGAUGAUUUUAACCCCUCAAGUGGUCUUUUAUUUAAAGCAUAUUUUAGAAUUGAUGCUUAUGAAGAUUCUGAAAUUAGACAAUCUCCACAAUUACUUACACUUUUAGGUAGUUGGGGUGGUCUUUUCUCAAUAUUCAUGUUAACUAUUGUUAGACUAAUUCGUUACUAUAACAGAAGACUAUAUAAAAUUACCGAGAAGGUUACUGAUGAAAUUAACAAUGCAAUUCAUAAGAUGUUACACAUGGAUCGUCAUCAUCAUAAAAAUGACCCAUUUUACCAAUCAGAAUCACAAACCGCAACAAAUAAUUCAAAAAACCCAAACAAUAACGAUAAUAAUGAUGAUGGUAAUAACAAAAGCAAUAAUAACUCCAGACCAACAUCUGUAAAAAUAGGUAGUAACAAUAAUGGAGAUGGUGAAAAUGGUGGUAAAUUAAUUAUAGGUUCAACAAGUGAUACUAGCAUCAAUAGUAACACUGGCCCAGGUAGUGUCAAUAGUAAUAAUAUUUACCAUCACGAACAUGAUGAUCAUCAUAUCGAAUUACAAAUCAUAAAUAGAAAUGGCUCUCUUAAUAAAAAAUCUAGUAAUUUAGAAAUUUCUUGGGAUCUAAAUAAUAACCCAAAUUUAUUAAAUAAUACAAGUUUAAAUUCGAUUGAUGAAAGUUUAGUCGAAAGCAAUAAUAAUAAUAACAACAAUAACAACAACAACAACAAUAGUAGCAAUAAUAUGCAUGAAAAAAAUAUAUAG